AUUGCAUUUAUUAUGACAGCUGAGAAAUGUGAACUUGUUAUUUGAGGUUAUGUUUAUUUAUUUUUAGUGUUUUGUUUGGUCAAAUAAGUUUUAAAACGCAAUAAAUAUGUCUAAACGACCGGAACAUCAAGCCCCACCUGAACUUUUUUACAAUGAAGAUGAGGCCAGGAAAUACACACAAAAUUCACGAAUCAUAGAUAUCCAAGCGCAAAUGACUGAGCGAUGUUUGGAGCUACUGCUACUGCCCGAAGACACACCAUGUCUGUUGCUAGACAUAGGUUGUGGUUCAGGAUUAUCAGGUUCAGUACUAGAAGAGUCUGGACAUAUGUGGAUUGGCUUAGACAUAUCACCCUCCAUGCUUGAUGUUGCAUUAGAAAGAGAAACAGAAGGAGAUUUAAUACUAGCAGAUAUGGGAGAAGGUGUACCGUUUAAAGCUGGUAGUUUUGAUGGUGCAGUAUCAGUGUCAGCCCUGCAGUGGCUCUUCAACGCAGAUAAGAAAACACAUCAACCUGUUAAGAGAUUAUACAAAUUUUUCAGUUCUUUAUAUGCUUCAUUGUCAAGAUCAGCGAGAGCUGUUUUUCAAUUCUAUCCAGAAAAUGAAAGUCAGUUAGACCUCUUAACUUCACAAGCUAUGAAGGCUGGUUUCUACGGAGGUGUUGUUGUUGAUUAUCCGAAUUCAGCUAAAGCUAAAAAAUUCUUCCUUGUUCUUAUGACUGGUGGAGCUGCCCCUUUACCACAAGCAUUGGGAACAGAAGAAAGUGAUAACUCUUUACAAAUCAAAUAUGCAAGAAGGGAAGCCUGUAAAGCGGCACGAGGUAAACCACUCAAAAAUACAAGAGCAUGGCUCUUAGAAAAGAAAGAAAGGAGAAGGAAACAGGGGAAAGAGACUAAACCUGAUACUAAGUAUACAGGAAGAAAAAGAAGUGGCCGCUUCUGAUAUAUUGUAAUUUUUUAGACUAAUUACAUUGUAUAAUUAAUAAAAUAUAUAUAACAUUGA